UCGGCUCGGCUGGCUCGGCUCCUCCUCCGCCGCCGCCCGACUUAGCCCCAGAGGCAGGGCGCGCCUGUCCGGGCGUGCUGGGCAUCGGCCAUGGGGAUCUCCAAGCUGGCCGAGCUGAUCAAAGACUAUGCACCGGACGCCGUGAGCUCCGUCCGCCUGGAAGAGUACCGAGGCCGUGUGGUGGCCUUGGAUACCUCCGUGGCCAUCUACCAGUUCCACACAGCCAUGCCAGAGAUCAUCAACCGCCACGGGCAAAAUAUCAGAGCGUUGCAGGGGCUGUUCUACCGGACGUUUCAUCUGCUGGAAAAUGGCAUCAAACCGGUGUUUGUGUUCGAUGGGAAACCCCCGGACCUCAAGCAGAGAGUGGUUCGUCAGAGAGAAUCCCUGUUGGCCAAACGGGCCGCAGCCAGGAGGAAAGCUGCAGAUUCUACCACGGGUGAAGAACCACAACAGCUCCCAAAGAGAGACUGGGAGACCCUGUUGAGCUGCUUGGGAGUUCCCUAUGUGCAGGCUCCAGCCGAGGCGGAAGCGACUUGUGCAGCUCUGGUGAAGUCUGGGCACGCCUGGUGCACGGCCACAGAGGACAUGGAUGCGCUGCCCUUUGGAAGCUCACGCCUCCUGCGGCAUCUUAAUGUUAAGAAGCGUGUCUUCGAAGAGAUCUCCUUGCCUGUACUUCUGCAAAAGCUGGGCAUAACUCAAGAGCAGUUUGUGGACCUCUGCAUCCUGCUGGGCUGUGAUUACUGUGAAAAGAUCCGAGGCAUUGGCCCAAAAAAGGCUCUGAAGCUGUUGCAGAAGCAUGAGAACAUUGAGCACAUCUUGCAGUCCUCCAGUCCUCAGAAACACAAGUUGCCUGGAAACUGGCCCUUGGAACAGACGCGGCAGCUCUUUCUGCAGCCGGAGGUGGCGGAGAUGAGCCAGGUGGCCCUAGAGUGGAAGGAGCCUGACGAGGAGCGGCUGGUGCAAUUCCUUGCACAUGAGAAGCACAUGAAUGAGAAGCGUGUUCGUGGACGAAUUGAAAAGUGGCGGAAGACCAGCCAGAAGAGCACCCAGCCCCAGUCACCUGGCCCCGUCGCUAAGGGCAGCAGGAGGCAGCAGAAGGUGAAGGAGUUCUUCCAGGUCAAGAAACGGCCACACAAGGAACCAAACUCUCAGCCUUGCAGGAAGAGGAAGAAAUCCCAGGAACAGUCAGAAACGGCAGUGGGGACUUGAGCAAGUAGCUCCCCUUCACUCCAGCUUGUGAGACCCGCAUGCCAGCAAGGCCGCUUGAACAUUGUUACCUAGGUGUCCAGUCUUGCUGGCAUCCUGGGCAUUUAUUUUUUCUUUUUAACAAAAAUUAUAUACCAUUUACUUGACAGAAAAGCUUUAAGUGGUUUAUAAAGAACAAUCUAAAACAUUCAUUAAAAAUACCUAUAAAAGCAAACGUGAAAAGCAAGUCACCAUAGCCUUUUGUAAAAAAUAAAGAUAAAAUCUGGAAUUUUAGAACAAUUGGAUGUAAUAAAAUUAGAUUUUAAAUAUUACAUGUGAAAUGUGUCUGGGUAGACUUUCUGGAAGAAAAAUGCUUUGAGCAGGCACCAAAACAAUACAGUGAAGGUGCCUGUCUAAUAUUAAUGACCAUUAACUGCUUCGCUCUUUCAGCUUUGCUCUAUAGGUGACUGUGCAAGGCAGGAGUCUUUGAUAGAGGAAGCAAAUCCUGACAGGCACUGGCUGCCCUAUAAAGUCACGUUCAUUGAUUGGGGGGAGCAAGAGCUCCAGGUGUAUGCAAA